AUGACUGAAUUGCAGACCACUUCCGGGUCCAGACCCGGUCCUGCGCUCCUGGCGUGUCUUCAGUGCCGGCACAAACAUCUCAAAUGCGAUGGCAGGACUCCCGUCUGCAGCCGAUGCGCACAGACUCAAUCAUUUUGCGAAUAUACCAAGUCUCGGAGAGGCUACAAAGGUCCAUCGAAGAAGCGUCGCGCUAAUUCACCGGAUUCCCUGCCCAUGGAUCCCAACCCAGUAGACAAGCUGGAUGUCCCCGUGGACUGGACCUUACAGACUGGCUUCACCUAUUCGCCAACCGCCCCAUUGCCUUCCUCCGCAUCGACGAGUCCCGGAUUGCACCAUCUGUCGACGCCAAUGAUUCCGAAUGUCCGCCCGAUCACCGGUCCAUUGACUCCGGAGUCCUCGACUGCCAUUGGCGGGGAUGGCUAUUUACUCGAUAUCUACUAUAAUUAUUUUCACGCGGCCCAUCCGAUCCUGCCACCACACAGUGUUUUAUAUCGCUGGGUUUUUCCCGCAUACCUGGAGCAGGUGAUGAAGUUCAUCGGUGCCCACUUCACCUCAGCUGCCUCGAGCGACACGUACCGGCAUACCGUUGUCACAAUGGUCCAACAACAAGAGCUGUCGAUUGAGAAGGUGCAAGCGCUACUUCUGCUGGCAAUUGUACUUCAUUCGGACAACGAGCGCGCCGAGGCAGGCAUUUGUCUCAGUGGUGCGGUCGAUGGAGCCUUCGAGCUUGGCAUGCAUCAGGGAACUUUCGCGAUUUAUGCCAGCAACGGGGAUCCGAUUCGCGCAGAGUCGUUGCGGCGCACCUGGUGGGAGCUCUUCGUCAUCGAAGGUCUCAUGACUGCCCUUGGCGUGCAGCGCGAGUAUCGCACUAACCAGGUGCCGCUUGAGGUCACGCUUCCUUGUGAAGAGCGGAUUUAUCACGAUGCCCUGCCGCCGCCACCGUCCCCAACCAUUGCACAAUUUGAUGGGCGUGUAUUUGCGGAAGAAGAGCUUGAUUUCUCCUCGUACUGCUAUCGGAUUGAAUCCAUAAGGAUUCUCGGCCGCGUGGUGGCGAUACAGGAGAUGACCGAAGGCCAACAGGACCAUGUGGAAGCUAUUGAUGCACGCAUUGGUAGCUGGAGUCAUCACUUGCCCGAGUCUAAGGAAGAGCUCUUGCGCCCCGAUGGGAGUGUGGAUGAGAUCAUGUUUCAGGCGACGAUGAUCUUGAACGGUGCCGCCAUCUACCUCAACUUCCCACGGUCUGAUCUUCUCUCGUCUCCUGCCGUUGCCGCGGAAGUCAUCUGCGGUCACCAUGGCCCGAUCAGUGUGCCCGCAUUCUCUCACAAUGAGCACGCUAUGAAGGCCUCCAAGGCCGCCCGGGAGCUGUCUCGACUUGCAGCUUUCCGUCUGCCCGUCAUCAAACAUACUCCCUUUUUCAUCUGUGCGCUGACUCUGAGCUCCAUUGUCCAGCUGGCCUCGUGCUCUGUCAAAGCCGGUCAAAUGCCGGACCCUAGCCGUGACCGCUUGGCGUUGACGAUCGGUGUUUUCAAGUCAUUGGCCCGCACAUGGGCUAUCUCGCAAUCAAUUAUGAGGCAGAUCAAAGCCGUUGCACGGGAUGUGAUGGACUUGGGGCUGCGUCCGACGAUGGAAUCGCUCGAUCUCACCACUGUGCUGGAUAACAGCCAGUUCUGGGUGGAUCAGGGCCCGAGCUGA